AGUUAUCGUCCCGGUUUCAAGGCCGCACCGUCUUCUUCCCCUCCGUCCCGCCACGAUUUCUUAGGUUUUUAUUUUUGUUUGCACGGUUUCGCCGAACUGGAAUCCUCUCAUUUCUCUAUCCAUAUUGGUUUCUCUAAAGUAAACAAAUAGCCAACAUUAUUGAGUUUGAUUACUCCCAAGUGCAAAGAUGUCGGUCACAGCGGGAGUGAGCGAGGCUGCACUUGCUACAAGGGCAAAACUACGAGGCGGGAUUGGACAGACUAAAGUGAAAAGAUAUUGGCCUGGAAAAGCUCCCGAGUGGGCUGAGGAAGCCGAAGAAGAUGAGGAUGUUAGGAUGCAUAAGGUUGAUGUUUUGGAUAAAGCUUUUCCAAAGCAUGAUGAUGAUUUGGGGGUUGCUAGGAAGGAUGAUCCAAGGCUGCGCCGUCUAGCUAAGACAAGAAUUGAAAACCGUGAAGAAGUUAGAGCCGAUCAUCGGCGAGUUAGACAGGCUGAGAUUAUAUCUACAGAAGAAGAAGAAAUGAGGGAUCAGGAGACUAGAGACGAGGAAGAAGAUGAGGAUGCUCUGGAAGAAAGAAGAAGAAGAAUUAGAGAAAAAAAUCUUAAAAGAGCGCAAGAGGAGGCUGCUCUACUUCCUGUAGAAGAAGAAGAGCUAGAAGAUGAAGAUGAGGAGGAGGAGGAGUCCGAGUACGAGACUGAUUCAGAAGAUGAGAUGCCUGGUAUUACCAUGAUCAAGCCUGUUUUUGUACCAAAAGCUGAGAGAGAUACGGUGGCAGAGCGUGAGCGGCUUGAGGCUGAAGAACUAGCUCUUGAGGAAUUAGCAAAGAGAAAACUGGAGAUGAGAAAAAUAGAGACGAAGCAAAUAGUGGUUGAGGAAGUUAGGAAAGACGAAGAGAUACGGAAGAACAUGCUACUGGAAGAAGCAAAUAUUGGAGAUGUGGAAACUGAUGAUGAGCUCAAUGAAGCGGAGGAGUACGAAGUUUGGAAGACAAGAGAGAUCGCUAGGAUCAAGAGAGAAAGAGACGCAAAGGAAGCUAUGUUGAGAGAGAGGGAAGAAAUAGAGAAGUUGAGGAACAUGACGGAGCAAGAGAGGAGAGACUGGGAGAGGAAGAAUCCGAAAUCUUCAUCAGGUCAACCGAAAAAGAAAUGGAAUUUCAUGCAAAAAUACUACCACAAGGGUGCGUUCUUCCAGGCUGAUCCUGAUGACGAGGCAGGAUCUGUUGGAACCGAUGGUAUAUUCCAGAGGGACUUCUCUGCCCCAACUGGAGAAGAUAGGUUGGACAAAUCGAUUCUGCCGAAAGUCAUGCAAGUCAAGCACUUUGGUCGUAGUGGAAGAACUAAAUGGACUCACCUUGUCAAUGAGGAUACAACAGAUUGGAGUAACCCGUGGACUUCCAAUGAUCCUCUACGCGAAAAAUACAACAAGAAAAUGGCAGGCAUGAAUGCUCCUAUUGCAAAACCAAAGGGGAGCAAGAAGAUGAAAGAUUGGGAGACCUAAACCGCCAGUCCCGGCUCUGAAUCGCCAGUCCCGGUCUUACACCAGUUUUUUUUUUUUUCCUAAAUGAUGGUCAUCCUAGAAACUGUGUUAUGAUUUUAAUGUUUCUGAUACCACUUAUACAGUAGUUGUAAUUUUCUUUUUUAUAAUGAAGAUUUAUAUUUAAGGUCAA